AUGGCGGAAAUCAGCGAAGCAUAUCGACCUCAGCCUUAUUCAGCUGACACAAAAUCACUACGUCAAGGCUCUAUACGAUCUUCACAGGUCGACAUCUAUAUGACUAUAUCUAAUGAUAAUAUACAGGCUCUAUACCAACCUGAAAUCGACAUUCUUUUAAUUGGCAAAACUGGAAAUGGUAAAAGUGAAACCGGAAAUACUAUUUUAGGAAAGAAAGCGUUCGAGAGCAAAUCAAGUUCAUCGUCGGUCACAAAAGAGGUCAAAUACGAGUAUGGGGAACACAGGAAUCGCAAGAUCAAGGUCGUUUAUGGACCAGGUGUAGGUGAUACAAAAAUGGACAACAAGGAGGCAGUAGAGUUGGUGAUAAAAGCCAUGCAGUACGCUAUUUCUGCCAACCCAAGAGGCUAUCACGCUUUUCUGUUAGUUGUUAGAUAUGGAGGUCGGUUCACUGCUGAAGAUAAAGACACGCUGGAUUUCUUGAAGAAAAUAUUUGGCAAUGAUUUCAUCAAAAACUUUUGUAUUUUAGUCAUGACAUGCGGGGAUGAUUUUGAACACGAGAGAAAACAGAGGGGCAUCAGUUUUCAGGAUUGGUGUAAGGAGCAGCAAGGUGUUUUCCAAGAUCUGCUGAGAGAAUGCAACAACAGAAUUGUCUUGUUUAAUAACAGGGUCACAGAUGAACAGGAGAAAACUAAACAGUUAGAUGACCUGUUUCAAAUGGUGGAUGAUCUGAAGUACCACGGCCACAGAUACACGGAUAAAACAUUUAAAACAGCGGCGCAAGCAAGAGAACGUCUGAUGAUCGAAGCCAAGAAACCGAUGAUCAAUGAAGAGACGAUGAGAGAAACUAGCCUGGUCAUUCACAAGCUGAAGAUCAUACUGAACACUGUUGAGCCAGAGGACAGGAUAGCCCCGCUUGACGAACUGCUGGCCCGCGUUCUGGUUUUACACGAAAAACUAAUGGAACAAGAUAAAGGCACUUGAGCACUUCAUGACCUAGCCAAGACGGUCGAAAACUUACAGAAAACUAUUUCCGAUGAGUGCGAAUUUUCUCAGAGAAUCACUGAGGAAAGGGAAAAAAUGAAGCAACGAGAAGAAGAAAGAAAGAAGAAUUUCGAAGAAGUGAUGAAAAAACAGAAAAUCGAAUUCGAAGAGCGGCUGAAGGCAGAAACAAUUGGAGAUCAACGUCGUC